AUGGACACCAAAAUCGGAUCACUCGACACUUGCAAACCCCAAAACAACGUCGUUUGUUGCCCAUCCAACGGCUCUGUUUGCACCAUCCAAAACUCCGUUGUUCCCUCCACCGUCGUUAACUCCUCCGACGCCACCCUUGGCCGCCACCUUGCUCGCCGUCUUGUUCAAAUCGGCGUCACCGAUGUCUUCACCGUCCCCGGCGAUUUUAACCUCACGCUUCUUGAUCAUUUAAUUGCGGAGCCUGCGCUUAAUAACAUCGGCUGCUGUAACGAGCUUAAUGCUGGAUAUGCCGCUGAUGGCUACGCUAGGUCCCGCGGUGUUGGCGCGUGUGUUGUCACGUUUACCGUCGGUGGUCUUUCUGUUCUGAAUGCCAUUGCCGGUGCUUAUAGUGAGAACUUGCCGCUCAUUUGUAUCGUUGGUGGCCCUAACUCCAACGAUUAUGGAACUAACAGAAUCCUUCAUCAUACAAUUGGCCUCCCUGAUUUCAGCCAAGAACUCCGAUGCUUUCAAACCGUUACUUGCUUUCAGGCUGUUGUGAAUAAUCUUGAAGAUGCUCACGAAUUGAUUGAUACUGCCAUUUCUACUGCCUUGAAAGAAAGCAAGCCUGUUUAUAUUAGUAUUAGUUGUAAUUUGCCUGGGAUUCCUCAUCCUACUUUCAGCCGCGAUCCAGUUCCUUUUUCACUUUCUCCCAAAGUGAGCAAUCCACAUGGGCUAGAGGCAGCAGUGGAAGCAGCAGCACAUUUCUUGAACAAGGCUGUGAAGCCAGUGCUUGUUGGUGGGCCUAAAAUGCGAGUUGCAAAGGCUUGUGAUGCAUUUGUGCAGCUUGCUGAUGCUUGUGGCUAUGCCUUGGCUGUAAUGCCAUCGGCGAAAGGCCUGGUACCUGAGCACCAUCCUCAUUUCAUUGGAACUUACUGGGGUGCUGUCAGUACUGCCUUCUGUGCCGAGAUCGUCGAAUCUGCUGAUGCAUACUUGUUUGCUGGGCCGAUUUUCAAUGAUUACAGCUCUGUUGGGUACUCCCUUUUACUCAAAAGGGAGAAGGCCAUUAUCGUGCAGCCUGAUCGAGUGACCAUUGGCAAUGGACCUACAUUUGGAUGUGUUCUAAUGAAAGAUUUCCUUCAAGCCCUUUCAAAGCGCGUGAAUAACAACACUACUGCAUAUGAAAACUACCAUAGAAUCUUUGUUCCUGAAGGAUCCCCUUUGAAAGCUGAGCCUAAAGAGCCACUGAGAGUUAAUAUUUUGUUCCAACAUAUUCAGAAGAUGCUUAGUCAUCAAACGGCUGUGAUUGCUGAGACAGGGGACUCUUGGUUCAACUGCCAGAAACUUAAAUUACCAAAAGGAUGCGGAUAUGAAUUCCAAAUGCAAUAUGGUUCAAUUGGUUGGUCAGUUGGUGCUACUCUUGGAUAUGCACAAGCCGUUCCAGAAAAAAGAGUACUUGCUUUUAUUGGUGACGGAAGUUUCCAGGUGACUGCGCAAGACAUAUCAACAAUGAUCCGAUGCGGACAGAAAACCAUCAUAUUCUUGAUAAACAACGGUGGCUACACUAUUGAAGUUGAAAUCCACGACGGGCCUUAUAAUGUGAUCAAGAACUGGAACUACACGGCAUUGGUGGAUGCAAUCCACAACGGAGAGGGGAAGUGUUGGACAACAAAGGUUCGAUGCGAGGAAGAGCUUGUGGAGGCCAUUGAAACAGCUACAGAAGCCAAAAAGGAUAGCUUGUGUUUCAUUGAGGUAAUUGCUCACAAGGAUGAUACAAGCAAAGAACUAUUGGAAUGGGGCUCAAGAGUGUCUGCUGCCAACAGCCGCCCUCCCAAUCCUCAGUAA